AUGGUCUGGUUUCCACUUAAAGUCGAUGAUGCGGAGGUCACUUGGAGCUUCGACAUCGUCGGUUUACUGGCAGUUGUCGGAGGAUCCGCGAUCGAGAAGCACGCACAAGCUAUUACCGCAUCACCAUUUGGCAGCUUCCCACGUCUCCUGCCCGCCCCCGAGACAAUGUUAGACACCGAUCGUCCACCUCGACUACCCGCCGUUAAAGAUGUCACCGUUGUCGGCGUACACUCCGGAAAUCAAUUCAACGAGCUCAAUUUUUUCGCCGACGUGAUCCACGACGUGAACGGACUCGUUCCCUACCAAUUCCAAUCCUAUCAUAUUACACACCAAAAGAAAGAUCCGGAGAAGAAUGGCACACCCGCCGACAAAGCGCACAUUCCGCUACACAAAUUUUGCCCAUUGAACAUAGUCACCUUCGCCUCGAUCCUCAUGACCAUCGCUUUAUUCGUCUGGGCCGGAGUGGAGCACGACGCCGUUGGUCUCCUUGGUCUGGGCACCAUGUCGCUAUCCACCAGUUUUGCGUGUAUGUCUGCCCAAUGGCGACCCAAACUUUCCGUCCGAAAUGUCAAAGGCGAUGUACCACCCGGCGACGUCGUGAUUCGCACACGAUCUGGAGCAUUUAUCGCUGUCAAGUGCGAAGAGGAGAUUGCGCGCGAGCUUUACGCUGGUACCGAAGUGUGUGACUAUGUCUUCCGUGGAAGAUUUCACCAAUCUCUUCUUGGAGCCAGUACUGUUCUUCUCAUGGCUGCUAUUAUAUUCUUCAGUAAUUCCUCCUGGAAGAUUCAGAUCGCUGUUGGUCUCGGGUAUAUCAUUCUUAACCUUGCCUACUGGGCUAUGGCUUUAUUGACAGAGCCCAAACAGACUUGGAAUAUGGAGGCAAGAUACAAAGUGGAUAAACUUGAAGAUGUUGUCCGUACGAACUUUACUCAGGUUUUGUGGGACUCUAUUCGCACGACGGAGAAGAUUGGGUGGAUUAAGAAGACUCAUGCGGCCCCUGCGACGAAGAACUGGGAUGGAUGGUUGCAAGAGGCGAAGGAGAAUUGUAAAAACAAAGAAUGGGAGGCUGAAGAGGCGCGUGAUCGGUGGAUGAGGAUGAGAUUUGAUACUGAUGUUCCAAAGACUGAGGUUGAGUGA